AUGUCAAUGGCGCCGAGCUCGCCCCGGCUACCCAGCCCACCGCCGCCUGCCGAGAUCCAAAUCGGUCCUCCAUCCCCCUCAAUGGGUGCACAGUCGAACCGCCAGGCUUCGCCUAUGGAGCAGUCCCUGAUUGAGUCGAAUUCGAGGCGCCGCAUACACCCGGGUACCAAAGCUGCCGACAUGGCUGCUGGUCCGCCGCUAGUUCCCCUUAAUGAGCUCGAUUCGGCCUUUCAGCUUCAGGAGCACCUUGCCGCCCUCCAUUACUACCAUACCAACAGUAACAGUACCCCGAUAACCCGUACGACGGCGAUCCAGCUCGCGACUCCCCCGCCGGGCAUUGACCGCACAUUAUGGCUGUACGAACUGUGCCGCUUCCUCAUCUCGCAGUGCAACACUCUCAUCGUUGGCUUCCUCUUCGACUCCCCGCCCUGCAGCGCCGCGACAUGUCCCGAGAUGCGCGCCUCCGAGUGGCAAUUUCUUUGCGCCGUUCACGAGCAGCCCAAGAGCUGCUGCGCCAUCGACUACUGCUGCCACACGCUUGACUGGGCUGCGAAUAUUGUCACCGAUCCCAAAAUCUUCCCUUCGAGAUUCGUCGUCCUCUCCGACGUUCACAAUAAGGGCGUGGCCGUCAAGAACCUCGUCAAUGUCUUCCGCCGCCUGCACCGCAUUUUCGCUCACGCAUGGUUCCAACACCGUGCCGUCUUCUGGACUAUCGAGGGCCAGACCGGCCUCUACGUCUUCUUCAAGACCGUCUGCGACAUGUACGACCUCCUCCCCGCGGAGAACUAUAAGCUCCCGCCCGAGGCCGAGGGUCUGGAGACCGCGACGGCCGUGCCCGACGCAAAUGGCGGUGAUAAGAAGCAGCUACCAAUGUCGAUCAUCAAGUCUUCGCAUCAUGGCGAAGUUGGGGUUCAAGAAGAGGACAACUUCCAGCCCGUGGGCCGCACUGCCACGAGACGUCACGUCAGAGCUAGCCCGUCUGUCGGGAGUGCGGUGACAACCGUCGUCGAGGCUGAGGAGGAGGAGAGCGACAUGACAAGCAAGCUGCGCGCGAUGCGCAUCUCGGCCCCGGAUACGGUCGAGGAGGAGCCCGAAAUGGCGGACGUGCCCGUAAUUGUCGAAAAGGAAAUCAUGGGUGAUGCCUCACCCACGGAAGACUAUGAGCCUACGGUGUCAGCACCUCAAGAGGUUGUACCCGAGAAGCCCGAAACAGAGUCUGGUGGUACGGAAAAGCCUGUCGAGCCAAGCGAAGAUGAGCCGAGCAGCGCACCAGCGGAAUUUGACGAGUCAGAGGAGCCCUCUGCGUCGGCACGACUUGAUAGGGAGCCUUCAGCGAUGGAGGAUGAAGCGGUGGAAGCUGGGGGCGAGGUUGGGAAACUAGAUAGCAAGGCUGCCGACGACGCCUCCGCUGAGACCAAGGAAGAACCUGCCGAAAAUGACGACGUCAGCACCAAGGAUUUCGCCCAGGACCUAGCCGAGUCGGCAACAAAGACAGAUGCCACAGAAGAUGAUAAAAAGCCCGAAGAAGCUGAGAAGGGCAGCGAUGGGCCCAAGGCGGAGUCCACAGAGGAGGCCAAGGAGACGUGA